CUAUACACCAGCGGUACUAGAGUUGAACUCAGCCUCCAGCUUGCUAGGCUAAGGCUCUACUACUUGAGUCAUUCCCCUAGUCCUGUAGCAGGCUUUUACAGAUGCUGUCUGACUGUAGGGAGGAGCAGUUUAAGAAUGUGCUAGCCAAGCAUCAUUAGACAGCUUCUCUACUAUAAGUAGAUUCAGAUGCAAGUAAUUGGCUGAAGGGCAGCGUGAGAGUAAUGGAAACCCUAGAAUUUGAAGCUGGUACACCAAGGUUUCUAUUUCGAUUCCUCCUCUUUCCAGGUAGAAGGCCUGGGGCAAAUUACUUACACAUUGGAAAGCCUCAGUCCUCCUUCACUAAAGAAAGCACAAAUUCCAGUACUAGAAGAUCGGUGGCCAUUCUAUCCAUGGCAAGUUACAAGCAGGAGGCGUGGGGAGCGGGGAUUUCCGCCUGCCUUGCUGUGACUCCAGCCAGCACUUCAACUGGUCUGUCUCUAGAAGAUUAGACAAACUCUGAUAUAUCUUUUUUUCAUUUAGGUUCUUUUUAAAAGACUAGCUGGCCCCAAAUGCUUCCAGGGUCAAGGACUGAUGCCUGAAGGUAGAUUCCCUGGGUUUUUGCCUGGCUUUUCCGCGUAUCAUCUGUGUAAGCCUGGGCCAAGUGUGUAAUCCCAAUGAGUCACCCCCACGGGGGUUCUGACAGGUGUAUUCUGAGGACUGAGUUGACCAGUAUGCUAGUUAGUUGUACACCUGACACGGGAGCUGUGCUGACAUGUUAGCUUUGAUCAUUACUGUUGGUGACUAUAAAGGACACAUUCUUAAAAACACAAUUGUUUACUUUGCAGAUUUUUAAAAAAUGGAUUUGACCAACCAUGGACUUAUUCUACUGCAGCAGUUAAACGCUCAGCGAGAGUUUGGUUUCCUGUGUGACUGCACGGUUGCAAUCGGCGAUGUGUACUUCAAGGCACACAAAUCAGUUCUUGCUUCAUUCUCCAAUUACUUUAAGAUGUUGUUUGUCCAUCAGACCAGUGAGUGCGUCCGAUUGAAGCCCACCGACAUCCAGCCUGACAUUUUCAGCUAUCUCCUGCACCUGAUGUACACAGGCAAGAUGGCCCCGCAGCUGAUCGAUCCUGUCCGCUUGGAGCAGGGGAUCAAGUUCCUGCACGCCUACCCGCUGAUCCAGGAAGCCAGCCUUGCCAGCCAGGGUGCCUUCUCCCAUCCUGACCAAGUCUUCCCGCUAGCUUCUUCAUUAUAUGGCAUUCAGAUCGCAGAUCACCAGUUGAGGCAAACCACCAAGAUCGCCUCAGCGCCUGAGAAACUUGGGCGAGAACCCAGGCCACCGCCCGCCAGGAUGAGCCAGGAGCAGGUGCCCGAGGCCUCCCAGCUGUCCCAGCUGACCUCAAAUAUGGCGCAGGUGAAUAGGACAAACAUGACCCCCGCGGACCCCCUGCAGACCUCGCUGUCUCCAGAACUCGUGUCCACUCCGGUUCCCCCGCCCCCGCCCGGGGAGGAGACCAACCUGGAGGCCUCUUCCUCGGACGAGCAGCCCGCGGCCCUGACCAUCGCCCACGUCAAGCCGAGCAUCAUGAAGAGGAACGGGAGCUUCCCCAAGUACUACGCCUGCCACCUCUGCGGGCGGCGCUUCACCCUGCGGAGCAGCCUCCGGGAGCACCUGCAGAUCCACACCGGGGUCCCCUUCCCCUCCAGCCAGCCCGGCGAGAGCCGCGUCCCCCUGUCCCUCUGCACCAACGCGGCCGACCUGGGCAAGGACAGCAUGGAAGUGCCCGAGGCGGGCAUGAUCAGCGACAGCGAGCUGCAGCACAUCUCGGACUCCCCAAUCAUCGACGGGCAGCAGCAGUCGGAGACGCCGCCCCCCUCCGACAUCGCGGACAUCGACAACCUGGAGCAGGCCGACCAGGAGCGGGAGGUGAAGCGGCGCAAGUACGAGUGCACCAUCUGCGGGCGCAAGUUCAUCCAGAAGAGCCACUGGCGGGAGCACAUGUACAUCCACACGGGGAAGCCCUUCAAGUGCAGCACGUGCGACAAGAGCUUCUGCCGCGCCAACCAGGCCGCGCGCCACGUGUGCCUCAACCAGAGCAUCGACACCUACACCAUGGUGGACAAACAGACCCUGGAGCUCUGCACCUUCGAGGAGGGCAGCCAGAUGGACAACAUGCUGGUGCAAACCAACAAGCCCUACAAAUGCAACUUGUGUGACAAGACCUUCUCCACUCCCAACGAGGUGGUCAAACACUCAUGCCAAAACCAGAGCUCGGACGUGUUCGCCCUGGACGAGGGCCGCUCGGUCCUCCUGGGCGCUGGGGACUCCGAGGUCACAGAACCGGACCACCCGGUGUUAGCCUCCAUCAAAAAAGAACAGGAAACCGUGUUAUUAGACUGACUGUUGUUACUUGUCUCUUUUUUAAGAAAAACAAAAAACUGUCGUUUUUACAAAAACCUCUCUUCCCCUUCCCAGAAUUCAGAACCAUAGUUGUCCGUGGCAUGAUUCAAGCAGGGUCUGUUCCCGUCUCUUCCCCUCAGCCCCACUCUUGAAAAAGACUGUGCAUUGUAAGCCUGGGAUUCAUUUCCUUUAAUCUGGGGGUGUAGGGAAGAUAAUGGUCCAUAGUACUUAUAAGUGUAAUAGGUUUUGAGAAGUUUUCGAUUAUUUAAAAGCAUACUUGGAACUAAUUAAGGGUAUAUAACAAACACAAACCAACUAGAAUAUAUUUGGUAAGCUGGAAUUAUGACUCCCUGGGUAAUAAGUCUUCCUUCUCAGAAAA